AUGCCACCAAAUAGUAAUUUAAAAUUUGAAGAUGAUAAAAUUAGGACAAUCGGUCCAGAAACCCCUUUAAUAAAAAAAGGGGUGGAAAAGGAUAAUGAUAAAAUUCCAUUAUUUAAACAUAAAUACUUAAAACAAACAAUUUUAUUAUAUAUUAUAUUUUUUAUUUGGGUAAUGUCAACCUUUUUAUAUGGUGUAAUUAUACCGAACAUGUUGGUUGAUUAUGUUGCAUAUAAAUUUCCAUCAUUUAAUUUUGAUGAUCAACAAUCAAAAGCAGCAUACUAUAAAUCUUAUUCAGAUGCUUUACCAAAUUUAACAAUGUUUAUAUUCGGUCCAUUAGUUGGUGUUUUAUCUGAUAGUUCAAUUAUGGAUAUGGCAUCUUGCUUUAUUUCAAUGUAUACUCAUAAUUUAGCAUAUUAUUAUGUAUUCCAUACAUUAGGUGGAAUUAAUGUUGUAAUGCAACCAGCAGUAUUUUCAUAUAUUGCAGAUAUUUUCGAUGAAGAUCAUGUUCCAAUUUUAUAUUCAUUUGCUGGUGCCUCUUUAGGAAUUGGUGUUGUAAUAGGUCCAUUAAUUUUUGUAUUUAUUAGUUCAUUAGGUAGUCAAUUUAUACCAUUAUAUGUUACUGGUGGUUUAAUGAGUUUAUGUUUUAUUGGUAUACCAUUCUUACCAGAGAGUCUUGAAAUUGCAAAAGAAAAUAAUAGAAUUCAAGAAACAAUUUCAACAUUCAAUCCAUUCAAAUUAAUUUAUAAUUUAUUAAAAUCAUCUGGUUAUAUUUUCUGGGUAGUUUUAGUAUUUGCUUCAAUUAAUUACACUGGUCAAGAUCUUAUUAAUGAUUAUUAUUUAUUUGCAUCAUUACUCUAUGAUUGGGGACCAACUCAAAAUGGUUAUUAUCUUGCUGCAUUAGGUACAACCAUUGUUAUCUGGGGUGCAUUUGUAAUUCCAUUAUUAUUAAAAUAUUUAUCACAAAGAAGAGUUAUUACAAUUGGAUAUUGUUGUAGUUUAUUAGCUCAUGUUAUGUUUGUAUUUGCUGGUAUUAAAGUUAAAUAUAAUUUUGUAAUUUUCUUAGUUGGUUCAAUAUUUGUUGGAUUCGUUCCAAACAAUAUGAACAUUAUUCAAGCAGUUAUUAGUGGUUGUACUCCUGCUAAUCUUCAAGGUUCAGUUUUAACUGGAGCCAAUGCAAUUGCUGGAUUAGCAAAUUUUGUAGGUAGUAUUGCUGCAAAUGAUAUUUUAAUGUAUUUCUCAUCACCAAAUGCUCCAAUAUUUUUCCCACCUGCAAUUUUCCUAAUAAAUGGUGUUGUUGUAUUAAUUACAUUAAUUUCAACCAUUUUAAUUUGGAGAGCAUAUAAAAAUCCACCAACAACUAAAAGUUUAAAUAAUGAAAAAGAUCAAAAACAAAUUCAAGAUUUAGAAAAUACAAUUAAUUAA